CUCUGAUCUCCGAUCGGAAGAUUUAGCGUUUUUAAAGCUACAGCACUUAAACCAUGUUGGUUUGCCGUCAAUCGCGCCUUGUGCUUGGCGUCUGUUUGCUGGUAAUAAUGAAGCAUUUUGAAGUGUUGGAAAUCGAACAAGAUUGAGCUGAAUCGAGCGUGGGAGGGGAAUGUAGAGUGCGAGAUAGAAUCUUAGCCGGGUUGAGACAUUUUAGAAGUGUGGCAAGACUUUAGACGAAACACUUGAUGUCGACAUGGGAUUCUUAUGGGUCAGAUUAGUCUGGUCAAUGUUUUUGAUAAUGAUCGUGAGGCGCUUAGAAAACGGGGAGAUUUUGAUGGAUAAAUCGCGUUAAGAUGUAGAUGAAUGGCUGUUGAUAAAAAACAUUUAAAACAAGAGAUGAAAAAUGAAGCUCCGCAUAUUGUUAUUGCUUAUUGUUUCAUGAACGGCUUGUUCUAGUGACUGUAGAUAUGAUCGUAUCCUAAAAGUAGCGUUUCAACCCAUAAAUCUAACCACAAUUUCCAAUGCCAUCGUUCACAACUGACAAAUCACUUAUCAAUGAAGUGUACAUAGUAUAACUCUAUUUCAUCCCAUAUUCACACGGCUAGACACCAAUUAACUGACCAUAAACCCUUUAUCCAAACGCUCACUACAUCAUCCGCUAGUGAUCGUCAAACGCUGUGCCCUCGAUUGGCAUUGCAAAUGAGAUCGCUUAAUUUGAGUGAACCGAUCAACCAAGACAACCAACAGCAAAGCGAAGGGUGCAACUAGAGUACGGUGGCUUGGUCUACUACCUAUCCAAGCAAGCGAUGUUUUGCCUUGAUCGUAGUACACAUUGAGUGAUAAUAAUAAAUUUCCUUCCCAGCCUGGUGUCAUAAAUGUCAAAUUUUUGUUGUUUUUACACGGCGUAAGGUACCACCGUGUUUAGUGCUCAAGUAAUUUGUGCCGUCGUUUGUGCAGAUGGUUUAGUGUAUGGCUUUGGUUGAAAUUAUAGUGUGUACGUGUCUGGUAAUAUUGUUCGUUUUCCACCGCACCGUACUUCGCGUCUACACGUGUGAUAAUAGAACAACAAAGAACCGACCGGCAGAGAGCGUGAUGGAUUCUUCGAACGCCGACAUUGACACCAAAGACUGUUGGUGGGAACGGCCAAGUGUUAUCUAUGCUGACGAUGCCGCAGGCUAUGGUAAUGACGGGUUCAGCGGCCUCCCUGGCAGAACUUCCAGUUUGCCAUCGAUUUUUCCGAGCGGCAACCAGCUGAUUCACUCCGACCAAGACGGUGGUUUUAACGGGGAUGCAACGGUGUCGGGUGAUAACGCCGGUAACGCGACGGUCGGACGUAAUGGAGGAAGUCGCAAAAAGGUUCGCUUCCGUAAAUCAAAGCUUCGCCAACUGUACGAUGUAGAAGUAUUGCCGGUCGAGUAUAUGGGACCAAAGAUAGAAUACAGUGUGAACCUUCCCCGAGUAACCGCGCAACUGGAGAAGUUGAUGGGAACGAAUGUGGUCCGGCUGACGGAUCGCAAAUAUAUGCAGGAGCUCCAACGUCGCAUCCAGGAGGACUACAAUGUCACGCUGGAAAAGCGGAUCAGCGAGCGAGAGCACCGAGAAUGGCAGCGACAGAAGCAACUAAUCCUGGACGGCAAGUAUAGUCUAGAAAACUGUCCUCGGUCUUUGAUUCCGCUGCACAGUAUCGUGCUGGCGAAGGAAAUCGAGCGUGAGCGUAACCUGAUCCUGUCCGGAGCGGGCGAUAGCAUACCGGAGGAGAUGACCAGCUCGGUGUUUCUGGUGAAUCAGAAAACGAACGUCAACAUUCUGAACAAGCGCGAAAAGUUGAAAACGAUCCGUGAGAAAAAUGCUGAACGAUUGAUCAAACAGGGCCACCGCUGGGAACGGGAGCGUCUGCAGAUGGAGGAACAGAGUCGGGAGCGAGAGAUAGAGCGACGCACCAAACGGGAAGCGCUGCUCGAGCAGGAAAAGCUGUACAUGAUCGAGGAAAACGAUCGUUCGCUGAAUCUGCUUCGAAUGAAGACGAAGAAGGGACCGUGUCGGGAUAUGAACCUGCGCUCGAUGUUGAUGCAGCAGCGUGAAGAACUCGGUCGAACGAUUCAAAAGCGUGACUUCGACAUGAAGGACGAACGGUCCGGGAUGGGCCUAGAGAUGGAAGGUGGAAAGGGUGAUCGACGACGGCAACGGAAGGGUAUGCGAAAGCAGCGUCAAAUGCAGCGCCAGAGCGAAGUCAACGAGUACCAGGAGUCUUCCUCACCCGAGGAGGGUUACAUCUCCAUGAACAAUGCCGACUCGCCCGAAGAUCUGGAGACAUCGAUCGCGAUUAAGGUCGCCAAAGGAGCAAGUAAAGACUCGGGCGAUGAAUCCGAGGUCGAACAGGAUUCGGACCAAGCCGCUCCGGAGGGUGGUGCGGAGUCGGAAAAGGACACAGAUAAACCUGAGGAUGAAGCACCCGAGCGGGAAGCACUAACAGAAUUGGAACAGCAGGAGGCCACCGAAGCGGAACUGGAAGCGGCCGAAGAAGCGCGACUCCGAGAGGAACUGGACAAGACGCUGAUGGAGAAGAAGAAGGCUCGCCAGGUGCGGAACGAAGAUCCCAAAAUUACCAAACUGAAGGAAGCUGAUACUGUAGCAGAUAUUUAUAAUGUCGCAGAUGAAAUCAUUGUGCUGGAGAAGAAGAAAACGAAAAAAGGAUUCGGGAAGUAAACUCCGCUGUUGUAAGUUAUCCACACGGCACACCAAACCACCGAACCCAAUGUGUGCUUGUCGAUGAGAUGAGAUGAGAAGAAAAAGCUAUUUUCAUGCCCGGAUCACAUCACAAGCUUUAUCUGUGAUCUGGUUGUUUCUGGUUCUCUUCUUGGAGUUUGUAAUCCUACAUGUUUCCUUGGCAUGAAUGUCAAAGGUUUUUUGGUAGAUUUUUGUUUUAUUUUUCUAACUUUAAAUGUUGUGUGUCGAAUGCACCUUGUGAUAAAAAUGAGAAUGUUUUUGUAACCAAUGCGAACCGUCUCAAUAAACUGUUGCCAUAAAUGAGUAGUGAUGUUGCUGUUAAUAA